GGUGAGCGGCUGGGGGCGCUUGUGGGGCAGAACCGGGUCCUCUGGGCACUUGUGGGGCAGAACCGGGCACUUGUGGGGCAGAAUGGGGUCACUGAGUCACUUAUGGGGCGGAACCGGGCACUUAUGGGGCAGAACCGGGCACUUGUGGGGCAGAACCGGGCACUUGUGGGGCAGAACUGGGCACUUGUGGGGCAGAACUGGGCACUUGUGGGGCAGAAUGGGGUCACUGAGUCACUUAUGGGGCAGAACCGGGCACUUGUGGGGCAGAACCGGGCACUUGUGGGGCAGAACCGGGCACUUGUGGGGCAGAACCGGGCACUUGUGGGGCAGAACUGGGCACUUAUGGGGCAGAAUGGGGUCACUGAUUCACUUGUGGGGCAGAACCGGCACUUGUGGGGCAGAAUGGGGUCACUGAGUCACUUAUGGGGCGGAACGGGCACUUAUGGGGCAGAACUGGGCACUUAUGGGGCAGAACUGGGCACUUAUGGGGGCAGAAUGGGGUCACUGAGUCACUUGUGGGGCAGAACCGGGCACUUGUGGGGCAGAACCGGGCACUUGUGGGGCAGAAUGGGGUCACUGAUUCACUUGUGGGGCAGAACUGGGCACUUAUGGGGCAGAAUGGGGUCACUGAUUCACUUGUGGGGCAGAACUGGGCACUUGUGGGGCAGAAUGGGGUCACUGAGUCACUUAUGGGGCAGAAACUGGGCACUUAUGGGGCAGAACUGGGCACUUAUGGGGCAGAAUGGGGUCACUGAGUCACUUGUGGGGCAGAACUGGGUGCUCUGGGCACUUAUGGGGCAGAACUGGGCACUUGUGGGGCAGAGUUGGGUCCUCUGGGCACUUGUGGGGCAGAACCGGGCACUUGUGGGCAGAACCCCAGUCACUUAUGGGUCAGGAUUUGGCCCCCUGGGUCACUUAUGGGUCAGGAUUUGGCCCCCUGGGUCACUUAUGGGUCAGGAUUUGGACCCUGGGUCACUUAUGGGGCAGAACCCCAGUCACUUAUGGGUCAGGAUUUGGCCCCCUGGGUCACUUAUGGGUCAGGAUUUGGUCCCCUGGGUCACUUAUGGGUCAGGAUUUGGCCCCCUGGGUCACUUAUGGGGCAGGAUUUGGACCCCUGGGUCACUUAUGGGUCAGGAUUUGGCCCCCUGGGUCACUUAUGGGUCAGGAUUUGGUCCCCUGGGUCACUUAUGGGUCAGGAUUUGGCCCCCUGGGUCACUUAUGGGUCAGGAUUUGGCCCCCUGGGUCACUUAUGGGGCAGGAUUUGGCCCCCUGGGUCACUUAUGGGGCAGGAUUUGGCCCCCUGGGUCACUUAUGGGUCAGGAUUUGGCCCCCUGGGUCACUUAUGGGUCAGGAUUUGGCCACCUGGGUCACUUAUGGGGCAGAACCCCAGUCACUUAUGGGUCAGGAUUUGGCCCCCUGGGUCACUUAUGGGUCAGGAUUUGGCCCCCUGGGUCACUUAUGGGGCAGGAUUUGGCCCCCUGGGUCACUUAUGGGUCAGGAUUUGGCCCCCUGGGUCACUUAUGGGUCAGGAUUUGGCCCCCUGGGUCACUUAUGGGGCAGAACCCGAGUCACUUAUGGGUCAGGAUUUGGCCCCCUGGGUCACUUAUGGGUCAGGAUUUGGUCCCCUGGGUCACUUAUGGAUUCCGUGGGUCGCGCCAUGCCGUCGCUCAGCCCACGGAUCCCGGGCUGUUCCGCCCCGAAGAUCCCGAGAGCCUGUUUGGUGACCUGCGCGAGAUCGGCCACGGCAGCUUCGGCGCCGUCUACUGCGUUGAGUGCCGCCCCAUAGCGCCCCAUAGCGCCCCAUAG